AUGAGAGGGAGGGCCAACCAGCUCCUCCGCGAGGCGCGGGUGCUCCUCAAAAAGGCGACGCGGGCUGCGUUGGGUGAAACCGGCGAGUUCGGUUCCCUGGGUUUGCCGAAACGCGUCAAGAACCUGCAGCGCAAGGCGCUCAAGGAGGCCGCGGGAACGGCUCAGACCGCCCCUCAGAAAGGGUGGCCGCGCGGAUACGAGUUUAAGUUUCACCGGACGACGCGCAAGUUUCGGAACGACUGGAUCCACGAACCGGAGGAUUCGUCCGCGGGGAAGCUCGCGUUCUGA